UUGUCGGUCCGGCUCAGUGCGAUUUGUUUUGUUGUAGUGUAAUUUAUUUAUUAAGUCGCAGAAUUAAAAAAGCAGGAACAACACCCAACAUAUUAUUUGUUUUCCUAAAUCGCAAUUCGAGCUACAAGAGUACCUGGUGACUUGGGUAGAAGUUCAAAAAGGAGGUUUUAUCUAGUCUUGCCGCGCGCGCGUCCACGAGGACAGUUCUACGAUGGGUGUGCCGCACAUUACCUCGUUCUGCUGGUGCAUGGGGCUCGAAGUUGGCGCCAAGUGCGUCGGUUUUGUACAUCUGCUGGUAUCAUUGGUGCUGAUGAUCCUAUGCUCGGUGUUCGCGGAGAACCUGCGCGCGUUCGUGGGCACGGCGGAGGACGCGGGCGACGGACUCUACUCCACCUGGUACAAGAUAGCCGUCACCAUCGCUGUGGUCACUGUUGUACAUGUCGUGCUGGCGUUGACUCUUAUAUGCUCCGUUAUUAAGCGCAGCACAGCGGGCAUCCGCCUGUGGGUGUGGGUGAUGUCGGUGCUGAUGGUGGCGGCGCUGGUGUGCGUGGUGGUGCUGGCGGCGCUGCACGGCCUGUCGGGCUCAGGCUCCGACAUCUUCCUGUCCUUCCUUGAAGGAGUGGUCUUCUUCGGUGUAAUGGCGUAUUGUAUCCUGUGCGUGAACAGCUACUACCUGAUGCUGAAGAGCGCCGAGGACAUGGAGGGACCCAACAAGUCCAUGUACUAGACCCUCACACAGAGAACCACCGGUCAGACUCUAUGAUUUGUUUCUUAUUAAACACGAUUUGUUACAAGAUCACUGUGAAGGGUUGCUGACGUCACAAGAUGGCGUCGUUUUCUUAACAAAUACGCCCGCGCUGUCGGCGCUAAUCUACGUGCAGAACAAACUUGUUACUUGGGCUUUUAAUCGCCGUCUAAUUACAAAAUAUGUAUGGUACACCUUUCUCUACAAAGGAAUUUAUUCAAUAGCACAACUGAUAUACAUUUUAUUGGCAAUGUACGAGUAAUGGUGCUAGAAUUAUUUUUAUUCGAUUGUUAAAGAAGUCAUACCGCGCCAUUUUCUUCGAAGAAUUAGCACUCUUAUUGCACUGAGUGUCUAUAGCGGGCAUACACUGAUUGGUAAACAUUUUGUGUUGUGAGUUGCACAAAGUAAGAAUCAAUUAAAAUCAUACGAAUAUUGUUCUAUAAAAAAUCUUUAUGAAUUUCUAAAAGUGCUGCAAAGUUAACUUUUGCCUAAAACUGAACAGAAGUGCUAAAAUCAAAUAUAAUAAUAUUAUUUUCUACUUAUUAUACUUUACUGUAGCUGGAACAAAGUGUCUGUUAGUCUAUGUGGUAGUUAUGUAAGUGUUGAUAUUACAUGUUUGUGUCGCCCUGCUGCGUACAACCUACCUUAAUAUAACUAUACGACAAAUAUAUUAUUGAAAAUCUGUAGGGACCUAUAUAUGUACUUCCGAAAAUAAAACUCUAUUUCAAAGAGAAUGGGAUAAAGUUAAACUAUGUUAACUAUGCCUAUGUAUGUUUUGUAUUGUGCUGAGGCUGGACCCAAAAUGAUGAUGUCAUUUUAUCGUGAAACGGAAUGUCAGACAAGGUUAGGAGGCUCGAAUAAUGUAUUAUUUAUGUAUUGUUCGUUGUUUCACUUCAAAUCUAUUUUUUUUAUGUAUCUUUUGUUUUAUAUUAAGACAAUUGCAUUUAUGGUAUGCAGCGGGGCUUAGGUUAAGUAUAACAUUUUAUAUUAAUUUAGUAGGGGGUGAGCGGUCGCCUAACAUGCUUAGUUUUCAUUUGAUAGCAUUAACGGUUUUUUUUUGUUAAACAUAAAUAUUGACUUUAUAUUUGUGUUUUGUUCUUUUCCUUUUUUUUAUAAUGUUGUAAACCCCACCGAUUUUGCUACAAAUCCCGCGUGGAGUAAAAAAGCCAUCUGUAAAAAAUAAACUAAGUAUGUUAUACGAUCGCAAUGUUCACCCACUUUUGAAUGCUUAGAUAUUUUACUGUAGUGUCUAAUAAUAAUCUAUACUUUAAGAAUAUUACAAUUUUAACUAUUUAAAGGGCCAACAAUUCUACCUGAUGUUACUUAUUACAAAAAUAUUUUAUGGAGUGGCACCUUUUGUGACAAAUGAAUUAAUAAUCAAAUCUUGAUUCAAUAUAUUGUAAUUAUAUUCAAAAAAUAUAAAAUUGAUUCCAAGUUACGCGGACGAAACCGUAAGCAUUUCUAGUCAAAUGUUUGAAACAAAUACAUUUUAUACUUUUACUAAUAGUUCUUUUAGUUAAACUUGAAUUCUUGCUGGUUCGGAAUGAAAUACUUCUUCAAUUCCAUUCUUGUUUACUAUAGUUUUAAUGCCGGAAAUCGUACUUAUGAUAAUAAUAUUAUGUGCCUGAAUAUAUUUCAUCUCAUGAUGGAAUAAACAAAAUAGAUAUGUAUAAGUAACCUGGAACGCCAAGGUUUUAUGCAAAUCAAAGAAAAAAUCUCAUAUACUGUAGUCAUAUUUCUUAUUAUAUAACCACAGUAGCGUUAAAUGGACCUCUUAGUAGAUAAAUAAUAUAAAUGCGUAUAUAAUGUAUGUUCAAUCUUAGUAAAUAUGCUACGUUUUUGCUAAUUUGCAUUGCCAAGGCGUUUCGGUUUAUAUUUUAGUACAAACAAGUCAUUCUGUAUGUAGCGAUAGUCAAUUUCGAGAAUAAGUGCUCCUUAACGAUUGCUUCAAAGUUUUCGACGUAUUUACAUAGUAAAUGAACGUUCAUUUAAUAAUAAAAAUAUUAUAUAACGAACAUAAUAUUCUGUGUUCAUAUUGUAAACUUGAUGGUGAAAAAUAUAAAAACAUAAAACUAAUGGGUAUAUUGAAUUUAUUUGUUCUAAAGAAAACGUCCUAAAGCGUGUCUUACGAAAUAUAUACCUUAAAAAUGUAUGUAUUUUAUUGUAAUUAAAAAUGGUGCAUACUUUUUCAGUGUAACGUACACUUUUCUUCAAUGUGCCAAUCUCAAUGAUGUUCUAUUUACAGUGCCGAGAUUUCUAUGUAUGUAAGUUUACACGGUGACCAUUUUGACUUUUGUAGCUCAUAUUAUAAAUGUAGCUAUGUGAUUCAAUUUAAUAUUGAUUUAAAAUGUUGUUCAUGCAACAAACUCUUAUACGCCGUGUAUUUUAUACUCUGAUACUUUGAAAUCCAAAGGUACAGUUACUUAAGUGUACUUAUAAGCUAUUGUGAAUUAUAUUUUGUACAAUUGUACGACAGCUAUAUUUAUUAAAUUUGCUAUUUCAUGGCUUUGUUUUGCUAAA